CUUGAUUUAAGUGCUUUUACUAUAGAACAUUGUCAUUCCCGUUAAUGUUCUGCUAAAGAGAAGCUAAAUGGUUCGUGAAAGUUCUAAACGAUUCAUGCGGGUUUUGUUAUGUCAUGUAACCUCGGAAUUAUAAGCUCAAUGAAUGAACACCUCGCGCCACCCUAGAGCAGACGACUCCGCAUGUUGACGGCGUGACGUCAUGUCCGUUGAAGAUGCGCAGCCAACCGCGUGACGCAAGAGAAGGCAUUUACGUUCUAGCGUUCAUAGCGGUCAUUUUCUGCACCAAAACUACCUCAGGGUCCCAAUCAAGUGCCCCAGACGAUGGGUUACAGGGACCAAUAUUCCUUUCGGAGCCCCCCGUCCAGGUGGUGAUACCAAACACACGAGGAGCGAUCGUCCCCUGCACCGUGUACGGAAACCCCGCCCCUCUUGUUACCUGGGAAACGGAGGACGGACACGAGGUGGUAUCUAUCCCGGAGGUGGUAGAAGUGCUGCAAAACCACAGCCUCUACUUCCGGCCGUUUUCCGCCGGCGACGUCCGUCCAUCCGUCCAUACACAGGUGUAUCGGUGCGUCGCACAGAACCGAGUGGGACGCGUGAUUGGUCGACGGGUUUCUACAAGUGCAGUGCUCGUGGGUCAGUUGGAGCAAUUCACGGUAUCGGUCCACGACGUGUGGGUGAUGCGAGGCGGUACUGCUGUUCUCCAGUGUGACAUUAAUCCCUCAUUCUGGCGGGACCAUGUCAACGUCACAUCAUGGACGCACGGAGCGCAGACCAUCAAACAAGGAGGUCGGUUCAGCAUGACGCCAGAAGGUGAGCUACACGUGCGUGACGUCAGAGACACGGACGGGUACACCGACUUCCGAUGCACAGCGACUAGCAGCGUGGCGGAUAUCGAACGGUCCAGCCCACCGGCGAAACUUGUCAUCCAUGAUCCUCCUGCUGGCGGCAAGAGCCCGUCUAUCGAGGCGUACCCGACCCAGAGUGAGGCUGUCAUGGGCUCCACCGUGCAGCUGGCGUGUGUGGCGGACGGAUGGCCGCUCCCUACGUACCGCUGGUCAAGGGACGGCCACUCUCUCAAUGUUUCUGAUCCAAGGUACUCGCAGUUCGGAGGCGACCUAGUCAUCAAGGGUGUGAAGUUGGGGGACGGAGGGAGGUACAGCUGUAACGCCAGCAACCCCCGGGGAUCAGCCAACGCAGACAGGAGCCUCAACGUGAUAGCCCCUCUAAGCGCAGCCAUCAUCCCUGGCCAUCAGGUACAAGACUCCGGCGAGACGGCCGUCUUCAACUGCACCAUUUCCGGUUUCCCGCUCGAGAGCGUUAUGUGGUACCGGAACGGGCGUCUGUUGGAUGCUGAUGAGCGGCUGGUGUUCCGGUCACAGACGGUUCUGGAGGUGCGCGGUGUCGGACGCAAGGACCAGGGCAUGUACCAGUGCUUCGCUUCCGGUGGACACACGGAGACACAGGCCGCAGGGCAGCUUAUGCUCGGAGAUGCGCGGCCCACGAUAUUGGACGGAUAUGGGAACCAGCUUUUUAAGCAACAAGGGGAUCGCGCCAGUAUCCGCUGUGUGGCGUCUGGGAAUCCUACACCGGAAGUUACCUGGCUGCUGGACGGUCAGUCGCUCAAAGAGCGUAGUCACGUGAGCGUCGGUAACUUCCUCGGUCAGUCUGGUGACGUGUACAGUUACGUCAAUAUCAGUCACGUGACGUUGUUGGAGGGCGGGGACUAUCGAUGUGUGGCAACCAAUCGGCUCGGGCUUGCUGAUCACGUGUCGAGAUUAAACGUUUAUGGUGAACCGUACAUCCGGGAAAUGGCCAACAUCACGGCGACGGCGAACGAACGCCUGAAGAUCAAGUGUUACGUCACCGGAUAUCCCAUAGCUGCCGUCUCGUGGUAUAGAGACGGACGUAUCCUACCGCUUAACCAUCUACAGCAAGUGGUGAACGGUACGCUUACGAUCCUGAACGUCCAGAAGCUUUAUGACGCCGGUCGCUACACAUGUAUCGCCCUGGAUCCCGCCGGCCAUGGGACAGAGCGCUCCGUAUAUGUAUCCGUUGUCGAGCCUCCUGUCAUCGACCCAUUCCGUAUUCCCGCCCGGAAGCAGGGAGACCGGGUUACACUGUCGUGCGCGGUGAGCAGCGGUGACCUCCCCAUCUACAUCUCGUGGACCAAGGACGGACUUCCGGUCCCGCCCGACAUUGGCAUCACUGUCGAGACUUCCGGUCCGUACAGCAGCCUUCUGAAGAUUGAUGACGUCAGCCCGCUCCAUGACGGCAACUACACGUGCCACGCCCACAACGAGGCUGCGCGAACAAACUACACCGCCAUACUGCACGUCGACGUGCCUCCCAGCUGGGUGGUGGAGCCACAGGACACGUCCGUCAUUCGGAAGGACUUAGUCACUCUCGACUGUCACGCCGUAGGGAUCCCCGAGCCGCGAAUUACUUGGAGUGAAAACACUGGCGGGUACCCGCCCAAUUACCUCCCUUUGGACCUGAGCGAUACGGACCGCUACCGGAUGUUCCCAAACGGGACGCUGCAGAUCCGGGCCGCCAUGGAGGAGGACGAGGGCUACUUCCUGUGUCGGGCGGACAACCACAUAGGACACGGCAUCAGCAAGAUCAUCUUCCUACGCGUGCAUGUUCCUGCCCGGUUUGACAUAUCAGAGAAGAAUUACACGGUGUCCCGUGGUCAGAACGUGAGCUUGGAGUGCCAGGCGAUCGGGGAUAAACCUCUGUCGGUAUCCUGGCAUGUACGUAACGCCACACUUGGACGAGGAACUGCCGGCAGCCGAUACACAGUGAGUGACCAGAACACGACCCGUGGGCUGCUAUCCCGGCUCACCAUACACCCGGCGGCGAGGGGCGACACUGGGUCCUUCACGUGCAACGCCGCAAACAAGGUGGUCGAUCGCCUCGGGCACGACUCCACAACUAUCUACCUCACAGUUUUAGAACCCCCUGACGCUCCCGUCAACCUGACGCUGGUGGAGCGCGGAAGCCGGCAUGUGGUACUCACGUGGGCGCGGCCGUUCGACGGUAACUCCGCGAUAACAGAGUACAUCAUUGAAUACCAGAACAACUCGGAUGACGCCCGGGGCCCAGUGCGUAAUUUAACGACGAGCGGGGAGGCGGUUACAGCGCGCGUCGAGGGUCUCCAUCCCUCCUUCCUGUACGAUAUUCGCAUUCGAGCGCGCAACUCCGUCGGCCUGGGGCUCACUUCACAUCAGAUAUCCACGAGGAUGCUCGAGGAAGCUCCUACCGGACCACCAACGGAGGUGAAGGCGACUGCCCUCGGCUCCCAGCAGCUGCAGGUCACAUGGAAGCCUCCCGCGCUGGAACAUCGUAACGGCAUCAUGCUAGGCUACUACGUCGGUUACCGCGAGACACACACUUCCAGUCAACUGCAAGUUAUAACCAAGGACGUUGAUCCCGGCAGUCCAGUCGCCACCGACGGCGAGGUCAGCGUGGUCGUUGGGAACCUGAAGAAGUUCACGGAGUACCAAGUUCACGUGCGUGGCUACAACAAGGAGGGACAGGGACCGCCCUCACAGGACUUCGCCGUCACCACGCUAGAGGAUGUUCCCAGCCAGCCACCGGAAGGAGUGCACGCAUACGCGAGUAGCUCCCAGUCCAUCCGGAUUACAUGGGGCCCACCACCGCUGUUCACCCUCCACGGCGUGCUGCAGGGGUACAAGGUCCUGUACCGCCCCGUCAGGACAAACGAAGACGAGACGGACGCGAGCUCUGUCCAAGUUGAGAGCCUGGAUGUUGACCUGUCGGGGCUGGACCGAUACACCAACUACAGUGUACAGGUGCUGGCCUUCACUCGGAAGGGAGAGGGAGUUCGGAGUAACCCGAUCUACGUACGCACCAUGGAGGAUGUCCCUGGUCGUCCAGCGGGAAUCAAGGCGGUCCCGGCCUCGAACGUCAGUGUGGCUGUGUCAUGGCGGCCCCCGACACGGAUGAAUGGCGUGCUGACCACCUAUACCAUCUACUACUGUAACACAUCCACCAGUGCACAGGAGAUGAAGCUGGACGUAUCACCGACUUUAUCGUCCUUCCUGUUGAGAGACCUGGAGCCUGGCGUGGACUACUGGGUUCGCGUCACCGCCAGUACCCGCAUGGGCGAGGGUGAGAGUACCCAAAUUGUUACGGUCGCGCCCGUCAACGAUGCGCCCGCGCGUAUCACAAGUUUCUCCCUGGAGGUGGUGGUCUCCUUCCAAGCCACGGUGUUGCUGCCUUGCGACGCUAUCGGUGACCCCGCUCCUUCAGUCACGUGGUCUGCAAGGUACGGGGUAAUUGACACCACAGAUCGACAUUCGGUCUUGAAGAAUGGUUCCCUGUAUAUGGUCGCCGUGAUAGGCACAGAUGCAGAUAACUACACGUGCAGGGCCAAAAAUAAAUACGGAAGUGACGUCAUCACAUACAGCCUCAGUGUACAAGUUGACGCAAACACAAAAUCUCCACCGAAGGCGCCGGUCCUGUCCCUGGCGGCCGUGACGUCCUCCACCAUCCAGGUCAACUGGCUGUCCGGAAGUAACGGAGGCAGCCCGAUCCUUGGUUUCCUGUUGCAACACCGGAAGGAACAUGACGUGUGGCGAGAGGUUCACCUAGGCGCCCGGAAUCGGACAUACACGGCCAGCGGGCUGCUCUGUGGCAUCCCGUACAAGUUCUCCAUCACCGCUCUCAACUCUAUCGGCCGAUCUGAGCAAAGCAACGUUGUUGACACGGCCACUGUCGGGGGACCGCCAAUCCCGCCGAUGCAGGACGAGUUGUUACGGACAGUAAAUGUGACAUCAGUGGAGCUCGACUUCCGGUCGUGGCGUCGUGACGUCUGUGGCAUCCAUUACUUCUCAAUUCGCUACCAGACGUGGGGGGACAACAACUGGGUCGAGGUGAACAACAAUGUCAACUGGAAUACGACCACGCACACAGUUGAAGACUUGCGGCCAGCCACACGUUACGUCAUGAAGGUGACGGCCUACAGCGACGCCGGCUCCGCUGAGACCAAACUCAUCUUCGCUACUCUGACCUACGCUGGUAGUACGCUGGAGCCACUGUACGUGUUCCGGAAGGACGAGCCUUACUUUUAUGAGAAAGCCCAUAUCAUGGUGCCGCUGUGUGUCGCCCUCGCCAUCAUCAUCGCCGCCUCCAUCGCACUGGCUCUGUUCUGUGUCCGCCGCCGACAGAUUAUCCGCUAUAAAGAAACCAGCUCAAACAUACGGCGGGACAUCACAGCAGAGACAUCUCUCAUGAAUGACCUUGACAAGCGGCUUAACUGUGACCCCGGGAGCCCGGCUGAUGCCCGCCUACACCGAAACGUAAACCUGCUCAUCUCGCUACAUAGCGACGAUACGCUGUCGGGGAACAACAGUCCAUGGGGCUUUCACGACACCAGCAAGACUACCAGCGACAACGCGUCCCUGGAGAGAUAUGAUGAUAACCCUGACAUAAACCCCUACGCGACGUUUAACGACCUUAAACUGGUAUUUAGCGAACCACCGGCUUACCAUCAAGCUGACCCGGAGUACGCCGCCGACAGCAUCAGUAUCCAGAAGGCACAGGCGCAGAAAGCGAUGCAGUUACGUAGCGAGGCUGUGAAGUCGUCCCGAUGUGCCGCCAAGCUUCCAUGCCCACCAACAAGCAACGCCACGGCUGCAGAGGCACACAGCUACGACAACCAGGCUGUGAUGUUGAGUCCCCGGAAGUACGCGAGUGCCGACCAGAUUCACGCAUUGUUCACCAUGGCCCCGCCACGGCCUCAGAGCGCGUACAGUAAAAACCGCAGCCAAGGGACACGCAGUACGCCAAGUGAAAAGGGGAGCCAGAGGCAUAGUCUGAUCUCGUCGGUAACGACAGUGUCCAGUUCACGGGACGAGCUGAUGGAGGCGUUUGAAAACCUUAGCCGGAACCCGCCGCCGCCCGUCGUGUAUGAAACAGAGGCUGACUCCCUGUCACAACCCACGGACAGUUCCAGUACGGAGCCCGGGAUAUGUCUGUUCACUGAGUCGCCGCCGCAGCCCAACGAGCGACGAGAGGCUUCGUGUGAGGUCCCCAGAUAUGAAUCACCGGACAGUCAACACUAUAAGGAGCCGAUACCGCCGCUCCCACGGCCGCCGGAAGACAAUUUUGACGCACGGACGGCCCCGCGCAGGGCUGCCAGGCAACACUGUUCCGUCCAGAAGAUGAAGGACGCCCCAUGUAACAACCAUCGACAACCGCCGCAAACCAGGGGUAAUGCACGGCCCCGCUGUAUAGAGGAGGUCACGUACAUGUUUAGCGGGGACGAGUCUCCGAGCCGCGCCAGGAAGCCGACCAACUUCGACGACAAGUUGAUUGCCGUCAGGGAGGAUAGAGGACCCUCCGUCUGGAGGCGAGGGGGCCGACGGACUCCUCAUGCCCGGAGCCGGUACGACACGACUCUACAGACGCCGGGGUCUGCCGACAACAAGCCGCUGGUGACUGCGCAGGUGAUGGCCACACAAGAUGAGACGCCGGAGGACGAGGAGGCUGUCGGCCUGCUGGAGAGGUACUAUCGACCGGUCCCUUCAAGGUCGGGAAACAUGUUGGAGCUGGAAGAUGGGGGCGACUACACGGAAAACUUUACAGUUGUUUAAUAAACAUUAAGGUUGUGACAUAGGGAUUAUCUGACUUUAUGUGGGGGAUAUAAGACUUGAGGCGGAGACUUAGUUGGGGACGGUCUUUCUCCGGUAUAUCCUUCAUGGACUAUAUACAAUGGCUGAUUGCAGGCAAUCAAUAUAUUAAGGAGUAUUUGAAGAUAUUUUCUGGACCUACCACGUGCUGUAUAUUUUUCUCCUUCAUCGCACUAUUACGAUGUUGUAUGAGUGCAGACUAUUGUGUAAAUUGGAAGCUUGAAGGUCGUGAAUACGUUUCUUUUAAUGCUUAUGAUAUUUUUAAAAAUAUACAUACGGUACAGAGUGUUCCAAUAUCCGUAAGCAUAUUGCUUUUAUUAUACCAGAAUUGAACACUAGUGGAUCUUCUGUGUUUCCUGCAAGACUUCUACCAAAAUCAUUACACGUUAUUAUUAUUAUACACUUUAUACAUACUGUUUUAUAUCAUAAUUGUGCUCACGUUAUAUGUGUUUGUCUUCUUAUCGUUACUGCAAUUGCCUUAGGAUUUUCACCGGCAGCAUUAUUAUUCUGUCCAAACACAAUUGCCGGGAGAGGCGACCCCGGCGCCAAGGCAGCAUUAGAACACGGUCGACACGAGGCGAACGUCAACAUAAAUACUAUUGUGUAGAUUGGUACUCUCGCGCUAAUAAAAUGCUUUCUUUAUAAAAAGUGUUUUAAUAUUCAGCUCAAAUGCCGUAACAACAUAAUGUACACCGAUUGUGAUCUUCGGUGUCGUCGAAACAACGUAUGUUAUAAACAUGCGUUUCGGUAUGAUGGCGCAACUGUUUUAUAUUAGAACAUUUUUUGUUAAUCUAGGUCUUUAUCCCAGACCAUUGUGUUUUAUUAAUGACGCAGCGUACCAGUCUAUUAUUUUUUCAUCAAUCGGCGCACUUCGGCAUAUUUGCUCCGGUCACGUGCAAUUACCGAAAUGAUGCGAUUGAUGGAAAUGAUCAAAUAUAUAAAGAUGUGUAGUUGAGAGUUUACCUAGUAUAUGAAUGUUGUUGUAAAACAAUUGGCGGCUCUUGUAUGUUUUAUAUAAUACACUUAACCACUGACUAUUCAAUGGGCCGAUUGUCCAGAACUGUGUUUAAGUUAACAACGUUGUUAACGUCAUCGUUAUUAUUUUUCAAUUCUUUACUCAUCUGGACCUAAAAUGAGCACACAUUUGUGAUAUGCAGUGAUUCUCACAAAGUUCUAGACACCUGUUUCAGCUCCGCGUGUUUCACCUCAAUACUAGAAUAUGAGCAUGUUACAAAAUAGUUCAUUUAAAGUGUACAACGAUGCUGUAAACAAUGUUGUUUACUUUACUUAAAUUUUGAACAAUUGGCCCAAUGUGUAUAUAAUCUAGACAUGUACUUUGUAACUUAAAUAUGGAAAUGAGUAUUUUAGUAAUGUAUUUACAGUUCGCCCAGGAUAACAUAAAACAAGGCGAAUUUGGUAUGUCCGGUAACAGGUGAAAUUGGUCGGCAGUACUUUCGUGAUGCUUAUCAUCCUGAACUUCUUUCUAUUUGCUUCUUAACACGUAUUCAUGUUUAUGGGAACCAAAUUAUCCUUGGCGGACUGCAGUUAUAAUGUGAAUAUUUUCAAUUAUUGCCAUUCUUAUUUAGUCUGUAAAUGUUGUUUAUUUGUUUUGAUUAUUGAGUUUUUGAGUUGAGUGAUAUCUAUAUUCUGUUAAACCCACAUAUUUUCCCAACAUGUUCAAUACAUCGCGUUUUCUGUCGAGAUCUCAAACAUUAGAAAGGCUGAAUUCGAUGAGUGUACUUUUUACCUUUUCGCUGUUAAGGGCUCGUUUUCAUGCUGUCGUUGUUUUUAAGUCGAGGGCAGAAACAUAGAUAACAUUGACAUCAUUGUACAACUUGACACCUUUUAAGUGUUGAAUACGGAAUAAAUUACAGCUAAAGGGUCCUCAGCAGGUAUUCAAUAUGCUACUAAUAACACGUAAUCCGAUUAGCUACAUCGUUCUAAGAUCCAAAUAAGACCAAUGGUUGAAUAAAAGCCCAGGAGAGGUAUACAAGUGCUCUUCCAAUUGGGACAGGGAGUUUUAGUUUACUGUAUCUAGAGUACGCGUACAUGGUUCCCACAGAAAUAAUAAAACGAGCCCUCCUUAUAAUGAUUGGACAAUAUCUCGCUGAUGAUAAUCGGAUAAAAGAUUCAAAUUUUUCCAACAACGGUGUCUUAUAGUGCAAUAAACACAGCCAAUAUCAGCGAAUCAUAUUAAUUUGAGAGGUUGCUUAUCCGGAACAAAAUAUCAAGUAGUGUUGUAUAUAGGAAUAAGUCAUGUGAUGUCUUGCUUUGUGUGAGCUUUUCUUAUGUGAUAAAUGUUUAUAGAUUAAUAUUUUAAAGUUUGGGAUAGUGCAAUGUUUCUUUAAUUUACGUGUUGGCAGUUGUAAAUAGCUUUUUGUGCAAGUCUCGUUUGUUUUAAAAAUAACAGUAUUAUAAAUAGGACAGUUUUGCAUUUUUUUCGGGGCCAAACAAAAAUAACAUUACGCAAAUUUUUUGUGAUUGUUUUUGUUCGUCUAUUUUUGUCAUAAUACUUCAUACAGUUUUUACGAUGUCUAAUAGUUAUAAUUAAUUGUAACCGCGGACAUUUACAGUCAGGGGCGUAGCUAGGGCCUUAAAAACGUGUAGGCCUGAUGAUUCUAUGUGAGUUUGGGCACUUUUAUAUGCACAUUACACACACUUACACACAAAUACUUGCAAUGAUUACAAUAAAAUCAAGCCAUACACACUGCAUGUUGUUUAAAUAAACACCAAACUUGCUUUGGUUAGAAUAAAACAAACUUUUGAAAAGUUCAAAGUGUUUGAGUAGCUAUUAGUUUUUAAUAAUAAUAAUAAUUGUAGUCCCAUGCCUGCAAAACCUAUAUGUAGGUACGCCACCGACAGUAUAUAUAUAUAUAUAUUUCCAUAAUGAAAAUAUGGCAUGCAGGGAAAAAAAGAACACGCACGAUGUCUUAAUAUACUGUAUUACAGUCCACAUGUCGAACACAACUGUUUGUAUUUUUAUAAAAUUAUUUUACAAAUAUAACAGUAUAUGAUCGCGUAAACUAUUAAACACAUUGUUGUCGUUAUUGCUGAUAACUCGUUUGGCGUCAAUCUUCGACCGAUUCUCGGAUGCACAGUUCCAGCACGUUCGGAACUUCUCGGCCAUUUUUAUCGAAAACAACCUCGGAUGUGUAUGGACGGUUUACAUACUCAGAAAUUGGUAUGUUUAAGUCCGCUGCAGAUCGCAUAGUAAUUUAAUUUAGCAGUUAAACUUAAUAACUUAAAACUCUUGGGAAUCUUAAUUAUGUUUGCAAUAAUACACUUCACUGGCAAUCAAUUCAAAUUUAGGUCAAUAAAUACAAGCUAAAUCACUACAUUUAAAUUAAGGAUAUAAUUCAAAAUUUUACGAACUACUUCUACUGAUGUACCGGCAUACAUCCGGGGUUGUUUUUGAUAAAAAUGGCCGAGGAGUUCCGAAUGAGUUCCAGCAUUGUGAUUGUCUAUAAAUAUAUGGAAACUAAACCUAGUCAAACUAUUCAUCGAUUAUUUUCAAUUAAAAUUGUUGACUCUAGUCAAUUUUUAUAAUUAUAUCGGCAUUAUUCUGAGUAUUCUCGUAUGUUUUAGAUGAUUUUGUGAUACUUUAUACGUUAACUUAUAUUUGAAAGUUUUCAUAUAACUAUGGAAGCGUAUAACGUAUAUGCUCAUGGUGAGAUCAUGUGUGUCAUGUCGGCUUGACGAGUUAUAAUACGCCACGAUGACAAAACUAUGUAGAUCUGUUCACUUUUCAGGUGGAUAUGACGAUGUAUAAACAGUAGAACAUGUGUCGACUUGCUUAUUGUAAAGUUGUCAUUACGUCGACAAAAUGUAUGUCAACAUAUCUAGUUAAUAAGUGUAGAAAUCGAAAUAAUUUAUACGCUUCCAUAAAGUAUCUGUCUAUGUGAUAGAAUUGUUAACCGAGGAUGAGAAUUACACCUAGCUCCACAGUGUGUUUAUCAUUUUCAAAAAACUGUCUUUUGAGUGAAAGAUUUUUUAGUUAAUAUGUAUUUAGUCGUUAUAUAAUACUUAUAUGAUUUAAAUUCGAAAAUACAUUGAGUGAAUUGCAAAAGUGAAUUUGAUCAAUUGCAUUUUGUUUGCAAUAUUUUGGCUUUAAUUAAUCGAUGUCGUAACUUGUGAUUUAGAUCUUUCUUCCACCAACAAGUUCACAUACGUGUAAAUUGUAAUAUAGCUCCUCUGUUGUACGUUUCCAUUUAAUAAAUGGUAUAAAGUAUG